AACAACGUCUCAGGAAGUAACUCCCCUCAGUUGGUUUACAUCAACCCGCACCGAAAGAUGUCUUACUAUCCAAAUCACCAGGGACACUUCCCGCACGGUCAGCAGCUGCCGCACAACCCACACGAGGGCCCGAUUUCACACACCGUCUUCCCACCGGACAUGAACCCCAAUUAUCCCCAUCGACCACUGGGGAACGCUGGGCACUUCCUGCCCCCGGGAGGUGUUCAUCCGCCAGGGCACUAUCCACCGCCACAUCUGAUGCCACCGUCGCUAGAUUGUCCCCACUAUCCGCCUCACUAUCCACCGGGACACUAUCCGCCGUACUAUCCACCGCACCAACAGGCGGUUGCCUACGGAGGUGCACAGCAAGGAAACCCUGAGGAGAAAAAAUAAUGUGGUGUGAAAUUAACGGUGUCUAAUUUGUGAAAUUUGUUGGUGAACAAGGUACUUUUUGUGGACGAAAUUGUGUGGGUUUUUUGAAAUUAUGUGUGUCGAAAUGUUAUCUAAAUCCAUUUAGAAAGUUCCAGAACAUUUUGGAGCAACGAUAUCUAUCUUCGAUUUCUAUUUAUUUCUAAAAUCCUUUCUAGUUUAGUAGUAGACAAGUGAUGACUAAGAAAAAUGAUUACAAAUAUACCGAUUUCCUGAUAACACGUUAUCAGUGAGAGGUUUUGAAAUACAGUACACACAACGAAAUCUACACGUCUUGUAAAUCAGUGAUGAAGUGAACAGUGAAUCAUUGCAAAUCACCAUGGGUGUAAAAUUGAAUUGUGAUGCAUUGAUUUUUCAAUUAGUAAGACUGUAAUUUUGAGUUCAAGUUUAAAACUGAAAUAUAAAGAUUUUUUUUCAA